GGGGGCAGUCUGAAAUACAGCAGACAGCGAGACGCAGAUACACGUUUUAAUUGUUCAAGAAGUAGAGGCUCACUUUCAGCCUUCCAACUUGGAAUAGGCAGGUGCUGUUUAGACUGCGAUAUACAAGGACGCGCUGCCACCGCUCCUCUCACGUGUGGGCAAACAAUUGCAGGCAGGAGUGGAGAAUGGCUGUCAGAGUCCUAACAAUGGUGAUUGUCACACUCUUCAGUGGCUCACUGGGAUGCCCAUCAGUAUGUACGUGCUCCAUCAAAUAUGGACAUUAUUUUGCAGAUUGUUCCCACAGAGACUUGGAGGAAAUCCCAAUUGCUUUUCCUCCUGAUAUUAACAUUGUCACUCUGUCAGCAAACAAGAUUAGUUUGGCACGACAAGGCGUUUUUAACAAUGCCACCCAGAUGAUGUCACUAUGGAUGGCUUACAAUGAAAUCGUUUCCAUCGCGCCAGGAAGCCUCUCGCCCAUGGUUCUCCUGCGUAAUUUGGACAUCAGCCAUAAUAAAAUAACCGACUUUCCAUGGGAAGAUCUGCAGACUCUCACUGACCUGCAGAUGCUGAAGAUGAACCACAAUGAGAUGAUCAGUCUGCCCCGAGAUGCCUUUGUUAAUCUAAAAAAUCUGAGGUCUCUUCGACUUAACAAUAACAAGUUUACAACUGUAGCUGAGGGGACCUUUGAUGGUUUGAUUUCUCUCUCUCAUUUACAAAUCUUCAACAAUCCCUUUGCGUGUACAUGUUACAUGGACUGGUUCAGAAAUUGGCUCUCAACUACUAGCGUCACUAUCCCGGAACGGAAUUUUAUUAAUUGCGCUACUCCGGAGUCACUUCAAGGAGAAUUGAUCGAGAACUUAACUGAGUCAAAAUGCACAAAGCCAAAGGUUACAGUAUGGACCGUGCCAAAUAUUGACUUCACAACUUUGUAUGAGGGUGACACUUUGACUAUAAAUUGUGAGUUUGAAGGAAACCCGAAGCCAUUGGUCACAUGGACUAUUUACAGUCUAGCAGGAGAACUAAACCAGUCUUUCAAGGAUGACUUGUCUGAGUCAAACAACACAUCCAUAUUGUCCAAAUAUUCGGUCCAGAUCUUUAAUAACGGAACCCUCCUCAUCUCACACCUGAUGACUAAAGUCAGUGGCAACUACAGCUGCUCUGCCUCAAACGAAUUUGGAAUUGCAGUGGAUUCAAUUUCUUUCGAAGUGGUGCCUUUAUCAGAACAAUUAACUGCAAAGGAUGUGACCAAAACAGCUCCUUACAAUUCAACACAACAAAAAGUCAAGUCACUGUCAAUAACUAACGCAUCUGAUUUUGAAUCUUUAUCCGUCCCUUAUUUGCCCAAUACAGAGAUAGAACCUCAGUCUUUUGAAGAGUUGAUGGAUUCUUCUAAAUGUGGACUAAAAGCAAAAAAAAUACACAUCUCAAGCCUUGAAUUAAAUGGGAGCUCAGAUGAUACAAAUAACUACAUGUUUGACUUUGGCGUCAUUGCCCUUUGGGUGUCAGAAACAGAGGCAACCAUACGUCUCAACCCUCUUCUUAUGCCCAAAUACAGGCAGGCAAACCGGACUGUGGCCAUGCUUGCAUCAUUGGAAAGCCCCGACAACGCCACUGAAAACAAAUAUGAAGAAAUUACUUCACAAGGACUGUACAUCUGUGUUACCACGGCACACAAUCACUCACCUGUACUGUGGUCUCAGGUUAAAGAGGGUCUUAGCACCUACCUGCUCAGUGGUUUGCGGCCUGGUACCAACUAUUCCCUGUGUUUGACUUACAAGGAUGAAGACUGUGAGGUGCAAGUGCUCUUCACCACCAAAAGGAAGGUCCCUAAUCUGAUCAUCAUCAUCACUGUUAGCAUCUGCCUUCUGACUGUGUCCACUGUGCCUCUUCUGGGAGCCAUGUGCUUCCACUUAGUGUAUAAAUAUCAUAGCAAGACAUACAAGCUGAUCCUAAAGGCAAGAGACCAGUAUCAAAUGGACUUGGAGAGGAACCGGGCCACCAACAUCAACAGCACACCACUAACAGAGUCUCAGAGGAAUAUAAAUGUCAAUCAGUUGAAUAAGGAAGAUGUUGGUCCUGAGAGUCUGGAUGGGGAGAAGGAGGAAGAUACAGAAGAAAGUGUCGCGACUGAGACUGUCACUUUGUCUCAAUCAAGAGAGAAUCUGGAUGACUGCGAGAUUGGAUCAGACUACAGUGAUAGGCUUCCUUUAGGGGCCGAAGCUGUGAAUAUCACUAACAAAGAGUACCAGUAAAUAGCCUAGCAUACUGUUAUAUGAAGUGCACUUUGGAAAAUAUCAUACAAUGCUUCACUUUAUGCCAGUGAUGUCAAAGGUGUUGUGUGUUGUAUUAUGUGAAUGUGCUCAAAUCUCAUCUGAGGGUCCAAGACACUUGUCAGUUUACCAAGCAGCUAACAAAAAGUACAAUGCUUAACAAAUGUAGCCAGUCGCUCAAUCGUUGUAGUGAAGGUAGUGAAAAGAGAAACUACUGAUUCAAAGUUACUGCCGCUGUCGUUACUUAGUGCCAAACCUGUUAGACUGUCUUCUAAUAUUAGUGAUACACAACAAAGUGGGCUAUAUUGUGCUACAAUAAAUGUGGAGAAUAGCUAACAUGUACCAAAACCUCUCAAGUAAAAGUAUAAAAAAAAAAAAACAAUGUGCUACAAGUACCGUAAUUUUUGGACUAUAAGCUGCUACAUUUUUUUUUUCUUCAUUUUGAAUCCUGCGGCUUUUAGUCUAGUGCGGCUUAUUUGUUGAUUUAUUUGGUUUAAUAGGUAAAACUUUAUUUGAUUUUUUUUUUUUUUUUUUUUUCUGUUGACUGUGUCAUGUCAUAAUUAUGAUUGUCUAAUGAGUCUUAUGGCGCCACUGUCAAAUAAAGUAUUACCAAAUACCAUAACUAGCAAUUAAUGAAACAACUGGAACAGUAACUGAAGAAAUAAUUAGCACAGAACAUGAAUUUUGAUUGUGAUUUACAUCUGUAGCGCUGCAAUGCAUGCUAGGAGGCAUGUGGGACAACAACAAUGUUGACAGCAGGUGGCAGCAGAGGUUGGCUGUGUCCCCCAAGGAAGCAGUGAUGGCCAAAUAAAGCUUCUUGAAGCAAUGAAGCUUUGUAGCCAAUUGGUUCAAAGCUUCAUGGUGGUUCAUUUGGUCUUAUGACAGUCGUAUGAUGCCGCUGUCAAAUAAAGUGUUACCGGUUAAUAUAUUUUGGUGUAAAUAUCCCAUAAUACAAUGAGGACAGCUGCGGCUUAUAGUCCAGUGCGGCUUAUCUAUGAACAAAUGUCAUUUUUAUGUCAAAUUUGUCUGGUAGCAGCUUAUAGUGAGGUAUGUUUUAUAGUGCGAAAAUUACGGUAAUCUUAUUAUGUUGUCUUAUCAGGAUACACAUUUUUCACAGCCUACUACUCUGCAUACUGUACAGCUUUAGCACAAUGUAUUGUAUGUGUGGCUUUAAAAAUAUACACUGUUGUCUUCAUUAUAAUAGAAUUGUGUUUCACCAAAAAUAGAGAGGACAGCUCAAAACAAUUAUGAUAGCUAUUUUGCAUUUCACCCUUUAAUAACUGCAACGAUAUAAAACUUUUUGGAUGGUCAUAAAACAAAUUCAGAGCAAUCUGGAAUUCAGAGGAAUUAUGAAAUGAAGUUAAAUCAUUUUUGGCCCAAUUAACAUGCAAUACAGAUGUGAAGCUGCUCUCAGAAACACUGAUUACAUUGUUAGAUAAUAGUCCAGUGAUUCAUAGAAAAAUAAAACUUUUUUCCACCAAUUAAUUCAGGAAAUGUUUUUGUAUUAGUUUUUGCAGACAUUUUUUUUAAGUUAAAAAAAAAGAGUUCCAUUUUGAACUGAAUGUAACAGGCAUUUCUAGGAUUGUUUCAAACACAGCUAUAAUCAACUAAUUUGAUGACAAGUGUGUUGUUACUAUAUGAUAUCUAACUAAAGUAAAUUCUCAAGCAUCAUGUGCAAUUUUCUAUUAAAAAUAUCUCUGUUA